CUGGACGCUACCACAUGGACAAAGGAAUUGAUAAAAUCUUGGGUAAAGAUUAUAUGGAAAGAAUCAAGGAAAAUGGAUUUAUAGAUGUCAAGGACAACAAAGGAAAUAUCCGGUACCGUGUGACAGAAGAGAGUUUGUUGCAACUCCUUGCAAUAGAUAUGCAUGCAGUAUGCCUUUCAAUUGCGAAGAGCUGCAGGGUCUUUACUGUUCAUGGCUCUGAGGAUGAGAUUGCACCUCUGGGAGAUGCUUUCGAGUUUGCCAAUAUCAUACAUAACUACAAAUUGCACAUUGUGGAAGGUGCUGAUCACGUUUUCGACAACCAUCAGUCUGAGUUAGUUGAAUUGGUGGUGAACUUCAUUAGAGAAUCCCUACAGAUUCAUUCCAUUCAUGUGAGGAAGAUCCAUCGUAAGACAGUUAUUGGAAUUCUUUAGUUUGCAACAACACGUAAUUCUAUAUUAAACAUAAACCAGCUCAGGCCUUUAUUGAAUUUGGUAGUGCACAAGUAGCACUAGGAGGAGCCUUUGGUUUAAAAAAGGCACCAUAAGUUUAUAAUAUUUGACUUUGUAGCGAACCUAUAAUACCCAUUGGUUCCUUCAUGCAAAUGUCUGAAGUCAUACUUUUCCAAAAUCUCCUCUUUUGGUUUCUCGGUUUGUAGUCGCAGUAAAUCCUACAACACACUCCUUAUGAUAAUUUCUAGAUCUAAAUCUUUUUUAUCUCCUAAUUAUCAAUAUAAAU